AAUUAAAAUUCAAAAAAAAAAAAAUUAAAUAAAAAUUUAUUGUUAUGAAAUGAAAAAUAUUUAUUUGAAAAUAUUCAAAUACAUUUAACAUUCCACUAUUUGAUAUAAAUGAAAAUUCAAUUACAAAAAAUUUAUGAAGACAACUUUAAAAAUUUAACAAGUUCAAAUGCCAUUAAAAAAAAAGAACGACACAAACAAACACUGUUUAAAGAGUACAUGACAAAAACUCAUAAAUAUUGACCAAAAUAGUUAAGAUAAGAUCAGUUUUGUUCAACAAAAAAUAGUUAAAAUAAAAUAAAUACAUACAUGCCUACAACCAAAUUUAUAAAUAAAAGCGUGAAACAAGAAGCAAUUUGCAACAAAGUUGCCAAAAGGGAAACAAAACCCCAACGUAUGUAUAAGUAACGUGACAAUUUAACUACUACAGACAUUUACACAGUGCGAUCAGCAACGAUCUCCCACAAGCGAGAUCAUUGCUUUCAGCAUUUAGCAAACAAACAAAACAGUGAUUUUCGUUUUGUAAGUAUUAAAUGUCAAGAGGAAUUAAAGGUUUAACUUGAGGAUCUGCGAACACAAUUGUUGAAGACAAAAAAAAAAAAGAUCAUUUUAACAAAAAAAUGUAAUACUUUGUUCCUUGCACAUAUUGAAUAACAAGUGUCAAUAAAUUGAUAGCUCACGUGCCACAUAACGCAACACGACACCACUUCAUACAACAAAACACAAGCACACACAAGAUCAGCUUCAAAGAAACGAUCAGCUUUAAAGAAAAACAAACAAACAAAAAACUUGUUGCUCCAGUUGUGCAGCAAAGAAGAAGAAAAACAUAUCCAAGCAAAUACCACAAUGAGACAUAUAACAGCUGUUGCCCUUAAAGAGAAGUUUAGUGAUCAUAACAAUUCUCCAGAGACCGGCGUUUUUGUAACACAUUCUGCUAACACACAAACAACAAUAAAAACAUGUGCUAAAAAUAGCUACCCUAACCAUACAACAAUACUACUACUACUCCUGCUCUCUUUACUACUCCUCAUGCAACAAUGUUUAGCUACAUAUGAUACUACGCCAACAACAACAAUUGCAACAAAUACAAAUUUUGAUUUUUAUAAAUCACCACCCCCUGCACCUUAUGAAUGUAGCAGUUUGGAUUUACGCAAUGAUUGUGAUAAUUUUUAUAAAUUAACAAAUUGUACCGUUAUAACGGGUUUUCUCGAUAUGGCCCAAUUGCCGCUGAAAAAUGCCCAGUGUAAUUUUAGUGAAUAUCGUUUUGAGAAUUUAAGAGAAAUCACCGAUUUUCUCAUUUUCAGUGAAGUGCGUAAUUUAAGCAGUAUUAAAAAUAUGUUUCCUAAUUUAUCUGUGAUACGUGGCCAGCAAUUGUUUGUUAAUUAUGCUCUGGUGGUGACAUCGAUGCAGGAUUUAGAGAAGAUUGAAUUCAAAUCUUUAAUUGCCAUACAACGAGGCCAUGUCUUAGUAGAUGCCAAUCCAAAACUUUGCUCUACCGAAAAGAUCAAUUGGACACGUUUGACUUUAAGGCCCGGUGUAAAUUCUAUAUUUUUAGAUGAUAAAGCCCAAUGUCCUCAAGAGGCAAAAUGUAAUGGCUGCAAAAGAGAUUCCUGCUGGUCCAAUGAUGUGUGUCAGAAAAUUGAAAAUGAUAGUGUGAUAUCAUUAAUGCAAGACACUAGUCAGUGUCAUGAAUUAUGUUUGGGUGGUUGUUAUAAUCGCACGGCUCAGGGAUGUGUGGUCUGCAAGGGUUAUACGGACCAUGGUACUUGUGUCAAAGAGUGUCCCCAAGAUAAAUAUACUUCACGGCAUUAUUUGCGAUGUUAUACACGUGAGGAGUGUGUUAAUAAUAAGCGUCAAUAUAUUUUUAAAAAUACCUGUGUGGAUUCGUGUCCCAGUGGUUAUCAAUUGAAUAGGGCCACCUACGAAUGCGAUUCUUGUGGUGGGGUCAAUAGCUGCCGAAAGGUAUGCAGGGGAAAACCUACUGAAAAUGAUAAAUUAAUAUCUAUUUCAAAUUUAAUGAAUGCCGAUAAUAUAAGAGGCUGUCAAAUUUUGAAUGCCACUGUAAUGAUAGAUAUCAAUGAGUUUAUCGAUCAACAGGAUCUAUAUGAAAGUUUUAAAGAUGUUCGAGAAAUUAUAGGUCAUUUAAAAAUUAAUAGAUCCCCCUAUCUUACCUCUUUGAAAUUUCUUCAAAAUCUUCAAAAGAUUCACGGUUCAGUUUUGGAAAAUAAUCAAUAUGCUUUGAUAAUAUAUAAUAACAAUAAUCUCUCGGAAUUGUGGAAUGUUAAAGCGGGUUUUGAACUGGUUAAUGGUGGCAUGUAUAUACAUGCGAAUAAUCGUUUGUGUAAUCGUCGUAUACGACAAUUUCGUGAACGUGUCAAGCAUGACAAUAAUCUUGACUCUAUUCAAACUAGUGAUCAAGAGGUCUUAUGUUCACCGGCUAAAUUAAAUUUAUAUGUGGAGGUUCCCAAUCAUCGUUCUCUUAAAUUCUAUUGGUUCAAAAAUCAAACUCUAGCUGUUGUGGAAAUCAUCUAUAAACCAGUGGCUAAUAAAGAGCUAAUAACGGAAAAGAGUGAAUUGGAUACAGAUGUGUGUAAUAGAAUUAAUUGGCGCAGAGAAUUGAAAUUCCCACAUGAACUGCAAGAGAAUUCAACCCAUUAUAUUUAUAUCAUUCAAAAUCUAGAACCUCACACCCGUUAUGCUGGUCUAGUCAAGACUUUUAAUGGUGAAGACGAUACACAAGAGGCAAGAAGUGAAAUAAAAUAUGUUAUCACACAAUUUGAUAUACCCACAGCACCCAUGAUUCGGCUUAAAGCUAAAACCUAUGAUACCCUUAGCAUAGAAUUUUCACACAAAGAUCUAACUCAAGUUGUAGACUUUUAUAUAUUGGAGGUUUAUGCUUUACCGGACGAUAAAGAAAUCUUAGACAAUCGUGAUUAUUGUGACGAACCGGUUGUUAUUUAUAAAGACAGUAGUCCAGAGGACUAUGAUGAUUGUUGUACACGCCGAGAGGAAGAGAGGAAAGAUCGAAUGUUCUCAUCACAAUUGAGAGAAGAAUUUAGCUGUUCUCUCGAUCAUCCGGAAUAUUGUAAACAGAAUACUCAGGAAUUCAAUGAUACCGAGAAGUAUGAAGCUAUUUUAACAAAACGUUUUGAAGCUUGGGAAAGUAAUUAUACCCUUAGAUCCUUGGAACGUUUUCAUUUGUAUGUUCUGCAAGUGAAAGCCUGUAAUCAUGCUGGUUGCAGUAGUUUUAACAUGUUAUCAGUUAGAACCAAUUAUUCUAUGGCCGCCGAUAAAGUUUAUGAUUUCACAGCCUGUAGAAUGCCUCAUGUAAAUGACUAUAGGGUGCAUUUUUCUGAGCCUCAACUACCUAAUGGUUAUAUUACUUCCUAUGCCUUACAUUUUCGUCAUCAUAUCCCCAAUAACAGCAGUAAUCUAACUGUGGAUCAUAAUUAUCUAACUUGUAUAACGCGUUUGGAACACGAACGCAAUAAUUAUCUCUUUAUCGCUCACUCCAAUUAUUCCUACAAUCAGGCUGCGGUUCGCGUAAUCUCUUUGGGUCAUAGCACUUUUAUUGGAUGGUUUAAUAUCACCAUUUGUCCAACCACUAAAUUGGCCGGUAGUUCGUCUCAAGGUUGGAAUAUUUUCUUUGUAUUCUUUUUAAUUGGUGCCGGAGGUACGAUUCUAUGGAUCUGCUAUAAACGACGUUACUGGCGUAAGAUACCACAACUUAAACGUUAUUUACCUUUACAUAUUAGUUGGCGUUACUUGCGUCCCGAACCGGAUACCAGUGAAGAUCGUCAGAUUCUGGUGGAGGGUUUCGAAACGGUGCGUUUCCAUAAUAGUCCAGAUGAGGAUAAGAAAUAUUUGGUACAUUUGGGUAAAAGAAAUUGAAUUAAUAAAAAAAUUUUGUGUGAUGUAUAGUAAGAGAAUUUGUGAAAAAUUGUGUUAUUUUCUUGUAAGAUUGUGGAACUAAUGGAGAGAUUUCAUUUAAAAAGGACUGGGAAUAAUUGUUAUAAAGAAAUCUUAAAAAUCAUACGAAAAAAAUCUUGAGAACAUGGCAUUAGUUUCAACAUAGUUAGGAUUAAAGAUUAAUCUAUAGUUAAGACUAUAAAUCAGUCUAUAGUUAGAACUAUGGAUCAGUUUAUAGUCAAAUCUUUAGAUCAGUCUAUAGUCAAUACAAUAGACCAGUCUGUAGUGAAGACUACAAUUCAGUUUAUAGUCAAGACUAAAGAUCUGUCUAUAGUCAAGACUAUGAAGCACUCUAUAGUCAAGACUAUAGAUCGGAAUCUAUAGGCUAUAGACAGUUUUUGACGAAUUAUUUUUUAUUCUGAAUCAUAAUGAAUUAUUAUUGGACUAAUUAUAUUUUGAAAACAUGCAAGAUUUUUACAAAGGAUAUAUGUAUGUAAUAUGAGAUAUUUUUUAAUUUUCAAUACUCCCGAUAUAGAUAUUCGUCGCUAGAUUUUUGAUAUAAACGUAAUAAUUUUAAUAUUUUUAAAUUAAUUUAAAUAAUUUUCUUAUUUUUUAAUCAAUAUUAUUAAUAUUUUAAGCAGAGUCUUAAUCUUCAGUCUUUAAAUUUUAAUAUUUCGUCAUUUUUGAAAAUAUAUUUAAAAGCUUAAAUUUUUUUUAAGAAAACCAACGUCUCUAAGACGACUGUAAGCCGCCUCCGCAUUA